CCUAUAUAGUGCUCGGCACAACAGUUACGUCUCCAACUUCUGGUGGUGAUUUCACAAUUGAACUAGAACAACUUGCUGCAGUUACCAGGGAUCAUAAUUUUUCUGCUCUGCAACAAUAUGGUGGGGUUAAAGGGUUGGCAAGUAAGUUAAAGUCAAAUCUAGAGAAGGGAAUUAAUGGGGAUGAAAUGGACAUCUUAAAGCGGAGGAAUGCAUUUGGAUCAAAUACUUAUCCACAUAAGAAAGGAAGAAGUUUUUUCAGGUUCCUCUGGGAAGCUUGGCAAGAUUUAACUCUUAUUAUCUUGAUUAUUGCUGCUGUAGCUUCACUUGUUUUGGGAAUAAAGACAGAGGGUCUGGAAGAAGGAUGGUAUGAUGGGGGAAGCAUUGCCUUCGCCGUCCUUCUUGUUAUAGUUGUUACUGCCACUAGUGAUUAUCGACAAUCUCUUCAGUUUCAAAAUCUCAAUGAAGAAAAGCGAAACAUACAACUAGAGGUUAUGAGAGCUGGUAGAACAUUGAAAAUUUCAAUUUUUGAUGUUGUUGUUGGAGAUGUUGUACCACUUAGAAUAGGUGACCAGGUUCCAGCUGAUGGAAUCUUAAUUACGGGUCAUUCUCUUGCCAUUGAUGAGUCUAGCAUGACUGGAGAAAGCAAGACUGUACACAAAGAUCAGAAGGCACCCUUUUUAAUGUCUGGUUGCAAGGUAGCUGAUGGUCUCGGUACUAUGCUGGUAACAGGUGUUGGAAUCAAUACAGAAUGGGGAUUAUUGAUGGCAAGUAUCUCUGAGGAUACUGGCGAAGAGACUCCUUUGCAGGUACGCUUAAAUGGAGUUGCGACUUUUAUUGGCGUAGUUGGGCUUGCUGUUGCCCUUUCUGUGCUUAUCAUUCUUUUAGCCAGAUACUUUACUGGCCAUACAACAUCUCCAGAUGGAAGGGUGCAGUUUGUCCAAGGACAGACUAGCAUUGGAGAUGCAGUAGAUGAAGUUGUCAAAAUUGUUACCAUUGCAGUUACUAUUGUAGUUGUUGCUGUACCUGAAGGGCUGCCUCUGGCUGUUACUUUAACUUUGGCAUACUCAAUGAGAAAGAUGAUGGCAGAUAAAGCUUUGGUUCGGCGACUUUCAGCAUGUGAAACUAUGGGUUCUGCAACAACCAUUUGCAGUGAUAAAACUGGAACAUUGACGUUGAAUCAGAUGACAGUUGUAGAGGCAUAUGCUGGGAAAAAGAAGAUGAACCCACCAGAGGACUCCUCUCAGCUUCACCCAGCUCUGGCUUCUCUUCUGCACCAGGGUGUGGCACAGAACACCACAGGCAAUGUUUUUGUUCCUAAGGAUGGUGGAGCUGCGGAAAUUUCUGGAUCUCCUACAGAAAAGGCUAUUCUUUCAUGGGCGAUCAAGUUGGGGAUGAAAUUUGAUGUUGUCAGAUCAGAAUCCCUAGUUAUCCAUGUUUUCCCUUUCAACUCAGACAAAAAGCGAGGAGGUGUGGCAGUAAAAGGGGCUGACUCUGAAGUUCAUAUACAUUGGAAGGGAGCAGCUGAGAUAGUUCUAGCCUUGUGCACGCAUUAUCUUGACUCAAAUGGUCACCGGCAACCUAUUGAUGAAGAGAAGGAUUUUUUCAAGGCUGCUAUUGAUAGCAUGGCUGCUAGUAGCUUGCGUUGUGUUGCCAUUGCUUACAGAUCGUUUGAGUUGGACAAAGUUCCUAAAGAUGAAGAGAGUUUAGAUAAAUGGGUUUUACCUGAAGAGGAGCUGGUUCUGCUUGCUAUUGUUGGUAUAAAGGAUCCUUGUCGUCCUGGUGUCAACGAUGCAGUCAGAGUCUGCAGGGAAGCUGGUGUUAAGGUACGCAUGGUUACUGGAGACAAUCUUCAAACAGCGAAGGCAAUAGCCUUGGAGUGUGGCAUACUUGGUUCAGAUGCUGAUGCUACAGAACCAACUAUCAUCGAAGGAAGGAUAUUCCGUGCACUAUCUGAAAGAGAGAGAGAACAAAUUGCAAAGAAAAUAACGCACUACGGAAGGGAGGCGAUGUUGUUGCUGUGACUGGAGAUGGCACUAAUGAUGCUCCUGCACUUCAUGAGAUAUAGGUCUCUCCAUGGGCAUUCAAGGGACAGAAGUUGCAAAAGAAAGUUCAGAUAUUAUUAUUUUGGAUGAUAACUUUGCAUCUGUUGUAAAGGUGU